AUGCAGCGCCUCUCUACCCUUUCAUGUCUCCGUCGUAGCCUGCUGCAAACUCGGCUUGCAUUCCUCUCGACAUGCCCGACCCCGACCCCGAUUCACACAGCCAAGUCACGCGCGUUUACUGUCCUUGCUCUUGAGAGCUCUGCCGAUGACACCUGUGCCGCUAUUGUCACCUCUGACCGACGAGUCUUGUCCAAUGUCGUCAUAAAACAGCAUCAACUACAUGGACCCACAGGUGGCAUAUACCCACCCACAGCCAUCGACGCACACCAGCGCAAUAUGCCGCACGCUGUACGGAGGGCGCUUCAGGAAGCCAAGAUGACCAUGCACGACGUCGAUGGGAUAGCAUUCACGCGCGGGCCAGGCAUAGGCGGAUGCCUCAGUGUAGGCUCAAACGCAGCCAAGUCACUCGCAGCGGCCCUCGACAAGCCACUCGUGGGCGUGCACCACAUGCAAGCCCACGCCCUCACAUCUCUCCUCACGGCCCCCUCGGCAUCCACCACCCCGCGUUUCCCCUUCCUCACUCUCCUCGUCUCGGGUGGCCACACCCUCUCCGUGCUCGCCACCUCCCUCACGUCUUUCCGCAUCCUCGGAACAACAGCAGACGAGUCCGUCGGCCGCUCGUUCGAUAAGGUUGCGCGGAUCCUCGGUCUUGAGUGGGGGAAACGUGGGCUGGGUGCUGCUCUCGAGGAUUUUUGCGAGGCUGAACCAACCACUGACGAGGGAAAAUGCGAUGGGGAGAUAUCGUCGUUCGCAUUCCCCCAUCCCAUGCGCGGGCGACUCGACUUCUCGUUCGCGUCGCUGCAUUCUACCGUCGACCGGCACCUCGCGCUGCUCGGUCGUCCGCCGACGCUCGCGGAGAAACGGGCGCUGGCGCGGGAAUUCCAGGACGCUGCUGUCGCGCAGCUAUGUGCGAAGCUCCGGCUUGCGCUGGACGCGUGUGCGCAGCGGGGCGUUACCGUUGGAGAUGUGGUCGUGAGCGGCGGCGUGGCGAGCAAUCGAUAUCUGCGGACACGACUGAGAGAGUCUCUGGACGCUUACGCUGCCUUGUCAGAAUCGACGACGGAGGACGCGCGGAUCGAGCUCGCCUUCCCACCCGUCGAGCUCUGCACGGACAACGCGGCUAUGAUCGGCUGGGCGGCGAUGCACCGCUUUCUCGCGGGCGACUAUGAUCCAUACGACAUUGACUUGAAGCCUAAGUGGAGCAUCGAGGAAAUUUAG